UUCUGGAUUUAUUAACAAAGACCCAAAACAAAGGUCAAAAUACAGUCGCGAAUCUCAAAGCCUUCCUCCUCCUCAAUCUCUUCUUCUCCUUCUUCUUCACUCUCUCUCAGAGCAUCAUUACCGGUGAGUACUCUUAGAGUUACUCUCAUUAUUGGGCUCCAAUUUCCCAAUAAAAAACUCAUUUCCGAGUUCAAGAAGAGAGUAUCGUUUCUUUGGGAAGCAAUUGAAGAACCCUUUGAGUAACGCGACGUGGCAUGUUUUGGUUCGUUGUUGGGGAAAUGUAAAUUAAAAAAAAUUUUGCCAAUUUUUUUUUUUCUCUUCGCGAUUCUCUCUCUUUCUUCUUCCCGAUCUUCUCUCUUUUCUCUCUCGAAUCCUUUGAUUAUUCCAGCUUAAACUCGAUAUUUUGGGAGCUUCCAUUAAUUCGAUUAUCCGAUUCAGCAUUUGUGUUUUCGUUUCUGGCUGCUGCAGUUUGAUUUGAGAAAUAUGGUGGUCCUUCUGGCUUCGUGAUCUGGUCUAAUUACAAGCUGGUUUUGUGAAUUGUAAUAGCCAUUGUUUUGUUUUCAAGAGUCUGCGUGGCUACUCUGCAAGCCAUGGUUGCAGACUCUCUUAAACAAAUUUUACAACCACCGAUGUAACUCUCCUCUCAGAGAUUGAUCUUCAAGGAGUGAGUUGGCAUCAGGGGAAGCAUAUUCUUGCCUUUAUAUCCGGUGCAAAUCAAGUCACAAUUCGUGAUUAUGAGGACAAAGAAAUUAGUUACAUCGGAUAUUGGUUGAAGAAACAACUGUGACAGCUGAGGCUAGAGUAGUUGAUGGACUCCAGCUUGUGUUUUCAAACCCGUAUGAUCUGGUUUCAGAAAUCCUAAACCAUCCUGAAGCAUUCGGUUUUCAAAAUGUAAGGAGUGCAUGUUGCGGAACAGGAUACUACGAGAUGAGCUACUUGUGUGAUAAAAUGAACCCAUUCACAUGUUCUGAUGCGAGCAAAUAUGUAUUUUGGGACUCAUUUCACCCAACAGAGAAGACAGACGCAAUAGUGGCAAGCCAUAUUCUGAAGUACGACUUGUCUCGGUUUCAGUGAUAGAUAAGAAGACUCUUCACUAGUUUUCUAGGUUACAUAAUCCGGAAAAAAUGGGAACUAAAUGGAGGAAAAUGAAACUGGCUUUGGGUUUGAAUCUCUGCACAUACCUCCCAAGAACCCUAGAGGAUUCACCACCUCCUGCUUUAAACUCUACAGAGAGAUUAUCUGAUGUUGCUCUGCUCUCUCCUCUUAACUGGCCUAUGACUCCAACACCUUCCUCUCACGGCCUUAAAUUGUCCAGAAACAGCUCUAAAUCUUCAAAGACAUGUUCUAUAUGCUUGAAUAAGAUGAAAGAAGGAGGAGGACAUGCGAUUUUCACAGCGGAGUGCUCGCAUUCGUUUCAUUUUCACUGCAUUGCUUCGAAUGUGAAACACGGAAACCAAGUUUGCCCUGUGUGCCGUGCAAAGUGGAAGGAGAUCCCAAUGCAGCACCCAAGUUUUGAUCUUCCUUAUCUUUUUGCUCGACCUUUUAACAAUGAUGCAGCUAUUAGCCUUGUCCACCGCUUACCUAGACCUCGUGGAGUUAUGAAUCAAGGACGAGUUCUUGCUCCUGAGCCGUCUAUGUUUGAUGAUGAUGAACGGUUAGAGCAGCAGCUUGUGCUUUCUGGGAAGAGCUAUAGUGAUGAUGCUUUGGAGAGGAAUCAUCCUGUAAGAAUGAUGGACUUGAAAAUAUAUCCCGAGGUUUCCGCUAUACCACGAGCUGAAUCCCGUGAGAAGUUUGCUGUAUUGGUGCAUCUGAGAGCUGCUGCCAUGGUCACUGGAAAUGCCAACUCCCUCAACAACCAGAUAUCUCGGUAUCCUCGAGCUCCAGUUGAUCUUGUCACUGUCCUUGACAUUAGUGGUAGCAUGGCUGGAACUAAACUGGCUCUACUCAAACGGGCAAUGGGUUUUGUGAUUCAGAAUCUUGGUUCAAACGAUAGGCUCUCGGUUAUUGCUUUCUCUUCUACUGCUCGUCGUCUUUUUCCUUUGACUAAGAUGUCUGAUGCUGGAAGGCACCGAGCCCUUCAAGCUGUAAACUCAUUGGUUGCGAAUGGCGGGACCAACAUCGCUGAAGGGCUUAGGAAAGGUGUCAAGGUGAUAGAAGAUAGAAGAGAUAACAAUCCCGUUGCUAGCAUUAUCCUUUUGUCUGAUGGACGAGAUACAUAUACCAUGAACCAACCUGAUCCAAACUACAAGUUGUUACUCCCGUUGUCUAUGCACGGCUGUGAAAGCAAGCGGUUUCAGAUCCCGGUUCAUUCUUUUGGUUUUGGAUCAGAUCAUGAUGCUUCACUGAUGCAUUCUGUUUCUGAAACCUCUGGGGGAACUUUCUCUUUCAUUGAGAGCGAAUCUGUGAUCCAAGAUGCUCUUGCACAGUGCAUUGGUGGACUUUUAAGCGUUGCAGUACAGGAGCUACGGUUAGAAAUCGAUGGUCUGUGCUCAGAUGUUCAUCUCAGCUCGAUUAAAGCUGGGAGUUACGGGAGCCAUGUUAGUGGUGAUGGUAGGUCAGGAUGUGUUAAUAUUGGUGAUCUUUAUGCUGAUGAAGAGCGGGAUUUCUUGAUAUCUAUCAACAUCCCUGCUCAGAGAGAUGGAAAUGAGACACCACUUCUGAAAAUGAGAUGUGUCUACAAAGAUCUUCUGACAAAAGAAAUUGUGACCCUUCAAAGUCAUGUGCUUAAGAUUCAAAGACCAGAAACCGUUUGUCAACAAGUUGGUGUGUCCAUUGAAGUGGACAGGCAAAGAAACAGAUUUCUAGCUGCGGAGGCAAUGGUAAAGGCCAGAGCUUUAGCAGAGGGAGAAGAUUUAGCCGCAGGUGUCACCGUGAUCCAGAAUUUCAGACUGGCUUUGGCAGAGACAGUGUCAGCAAAAUCGGGUGACGGGUUUUGUGUCUCUUUGGACCGAGAGCUAAAGGAAAUGCAAGAAAGAAUGGCGAGUAGGCAUGUCUACGAGGUGUCGGGAAGAGCUUACAUUCUUUCUGGACUUAGUUCACACUCAUGGCAAAGAGCAACAGCAAGAGGAGAAUCAGGAGACGGUUCAAGCUUUGUCCAUGCAUAUUACCAAACCCCAUCAAUGGUUGAGAUGCUACACCGAUCUCAGGCCACAUCACAUCAUCAUAGACUGAUCCACCCUUUGUUAUCCUUUGCAUCUCAACCAAAGCCAAUGUGAACAAAAUAAUCAAAAUUCAGUGUAAAAUGUAACAGCCUUAUUUUUUUGAUGUCUCCGAAAACAUUUUGGUCUCUUUUUGGGGUGGUUGUUCUCUGUAAAGAAAUAAGAAAAAAGAAGCAGGCAAAGGGGGAGAAAAAUGUGAAUCUAAGUUGGUGAUUUCAUGGUUUUGUAAGUUAGUCUUGUUUCAGUAUUUCAUGUAAUGUGUGGUAAAUAUGGUAUGAAGUUGGGUAUAGAAAGCUUUUUGUUGAGAAAGUAGAAUAGCAAUAUCUCUACUUCCAA